AUCGUUAUCGGCCAGCAUAGGACCCGCCAGAAAUUUUUGUGGUGCAGCUUCACAAGUGGUGUUCUUCGAAAGCGCCAUUGGGAGUGGUUGCGCAGAGGAGGCAGCUUUGGUGAAUUGCUCCCCGUUGCUGCGAGACACUCAGCCAUACCGUCACCAUGGGUUCUCUCAAGCGAAAGGAGGGUCCCAGCGGCGCAUCGGCCUUCAAAUCAGCCCGUGCCUCGACCGAAGCGAGACCCUCAAAACGGGCAAAAGCGACUGAAUCGACGAAAGACGACGCCAAGAAGGGCGCGAAGCAGCCCAAGUCCCCCACCAAACCAGCGGCUGCGCUCGUGGCUACCAGCCUAGUGAAAGGGGAGGAGCCGCUGUUUCCCAGAGGCGGUGGGAGCGUCCUGACCCCCCUUGAGCAGAAGCAGAUAUCGAUUCAGGCGAAGCAGGAUGUCUUGUUCGAGGAGCAGUCCGCAGGCAAGAAGGGGGACAAGGCUGCCAGAAGAAAAAAGCGCAAGUCGCGCGCUGACGAAACGAGCACCAAGCCGGCCAGGGACGAGGAUGCUGUCAAGGUGGAAAGCUUGAAUUUCAAGCGGCUGGCCCAGGGCUCACUAGUACUUGGGACGGUCUGCGCCAUUAACCCGCUCGACAUCGCCGUUGCGCUACCGAACAACCUGGUUGGCCACGUGCCUAUAACCGCCGUUUCCGAAGUCCUGACACAGCGACUGCAGGCGAGUGCUCAGAAGGAGGAUGACGAAGGUGGUUCCGAUGACGAAGGCGCCGACGACGUCGACCCCAAGAACUUGUUCUACCUCGGCCAAUAUGUCCGCGCCUACGUUACGUCGACAUUGGACGAGUCAACUCCCGGAAAGACCAAGCGCCACAUCGGGUUGUCUCUAGAACCCGUGCAUGCCAAUGCGGGCAUCUCAGAGCAGGACAUAGUUGAGAACGUCGCCCUUAUGGCCUCUGUUGUCAGCGUCGAAGACCACGGCUUCGUCAUGGACGUCAGCAUAUCCGAAUCCAAGCUGAAAGGGUUCUUGCCGCGUAAGCAGCUCGACAAGAGCGUUCCUGAGGAGAAGGUUCAGCCUGGAUCAGUUUUGCUUUGCAUGGUAACAGGCAAGGCCGCCAGUGGCAAGGUCGUGCAGCUCUCGACGCUCUCCGACCGUCUCGGCAAUCCCAAGAACAGCCCAUCAGAUGCUACCACGAUCGGCUCGUUUCUGCCUGGUACUGCGGCUGAUGUACUGGUUUCUGACGUCUCUCAGCACGGUGUCGUCGGCAAGGUGAUGGGUCACUUGGAUGUGACUGCGGACCUUGUCCACUCUGGUGCUGGACCUGACGGUGUCGACCUCAUGGAGAAGUACAAAGUGGGCUCGCGUCUCAAAGCGAGGAUCAUCUGCACGUUCCCGAACGCGAAGCUGCCCAAGUUGGGCAUCUCAAUGCUGCCGCAUGUGCUUUCACUGAAGCCGAAGACAGCCAGCCAAGGCGGCCACGAGGUUGUCCCGACCCAGGUUCUUGCUCACUCGGCAAUUGUGGACAAGUGCACAGUGCAGAGAGUCGAGCCGGGCAUCGGGCUCUAUGUCGACGUUGGCGUGGAAGGCGUUCCUGGAUUCGUCCACAUCUCCAGGGUCAAGGAUGGCAAGGUCGACAGCUUGUUCGAGAGCAGCGGCCCGUACAAAGUCGGCUCCAUUCACCCUGGUCGUGUGGUUGGCUACAAUAACUUCGACGGCGUAUACCUCCUCUCCUUUGAGAAGCAAGUGCUCGAACAGCCAUUCCUGAGGAUCGAGGACAUCCCGGUCGGAGCAGUGGUUCCCGGAGUCGUCGAGAAGCUUGUCAUCAACCAAGAUGGCCUCGGUGGUCUUAUCGUCAAGAUUGCCGAGGGCAUCUCAGGGCUGGUCCCCGAGAUGCACCUUGCUGAUGUUCACCUCCAGCACCCCGAGAAGAAAUUCAGGGAAGGCAUGAAGGUGAAGGCUCGUGUCCUCUCAACAAACCCGGCGAUGCAUCAGCUCCGCCUGACGCUGAAGAAGACGCUGGUCAACUCUGAGGCACCAGCAAUCAAGUCAUACGACGAGCUGGCUGUUGGGUUACAGGCUCCUGGCACCAUCGUGACUGUACUGCAGCACGGGGCCAUCGUUCAGUUCUACAGCCAGCUGCGGGGUUACCUCCCCAUUUCCGAGAUGAGCGAGGCCUACAUCCAUGACCCCAAGGAGCAUUUCCGUGCAGGGCAGACAGUCAGCGUUUAUGUCAUCAGCUUCGACCCGGAAGCCAGUAGGCUCAUCGUUUCCUGCAAAGACCCGUCUGCAUUCGGUCUCGAGAAGCAGCUGGCUCUCAAGAAGCUGCAAAUUGGCGAUCUGGUCUCUGCAAAGGUUACGCAGAAGACCGAGGACGACAUAUUUGUUGAGCUUGUUGACAGCUCAUUGAAGGCCAUUCUCCCCGUUGGUCACCUGACGGACAAGUCGGUCAGUAAGACGCAGUCGGCGCUCAAGAAGAUCCAUGUCAACCAAACACUCUCCGAGUUGGUCGUUUUGGAAAAGAAUGAAGGCCGACGGUCCAUCACGCUUUCCCACAAGCCGAGUCUCGUCCAAGCCAGCAAGGAGAGAAAGCUUCUUUCGAGCGUGGAUGACGUCCGGCUCGGGGACAAGGUUCCUGGUUUUGUCCGUAAUAUCACUGCCACUGCUGUUUUUGUGCAGUUCGCAGGGAAGCUGACCGCUCUGCUUCCAAAGUCAAAACUGCCUCGCGAGGCGCAAGACAAGCCUAGUUUUGGAAUGUACAAGUACCAGUCGCUUGUUGUCCAGAUCGCCUCCGUCGACAAAGAUCUUGGCCGCUUGUUGGCUGCCAUCCCGUCGGCUGCGGAUGAAGAGGUCAAGAAGUCGGCCAAGAUCACCGAGGAGGCGGUCAAUUCCCUGGACGCUUCCAUCACCUCUGUUGAUGAUCUUGCGAUUGGCAAGCUCACCAAAGCCAAGGUCAAGUCCGUCAAAGAGACACAACUCAACGUUCAGAUUGCCGACAACAUCCAAGGGCGGAUCGAUGUUUCGCAGGUCUUCGAUAAAUGGGAGGAUAUUCCGGACUCGAAAAGGCCGCUCAAGCGGUUCAAGCCCAACGACAUUGUGCAGGUCCGCGUACUCGGCAUCCAUGACGCCCGCAACCAUCGCUUCCUCCCCAUCACUCACCGGUCCAGUCACUCAGUUUGGGAACUCUCGACGAAGCCGAGUGACUUGAGGGAAGAUGACCUUCCCGAACCAUUAUCCCUUGAUAAGAUUGAGGUGGGGUCUACACAUCUGGCGUUCGUCAACAAUGUUGCAUCCAACCAUUUGUGGGUGAACCUGUCUCCCAACGUGCGCGGGCGGAUCAGCGCCAUGGAGGCUUCGGACGAUUUAUCAAAAUUGGCCAACCUGGAGAAGAGCUUCCCUGUGGGAUGUGCACUUCAAGUACGGGUCCUGGCCGUGGACAAGGAGAAGGAGAGAGUUGAUCUUUCGGCCCGGACCGCCGGCACCGCCAACGAACUAUCGUGGGACAAAAUUCAGCAAGGCUUGGUUCUUCCAGCCAAGGUUACCAAGGUCAAUGACCGGCAAGUCAUGGUCAAACUUAGCGAGCUCGUCGCGGGCCCUGUGCACCUGGUGGACCUUGGCGAUGACUACGACAAGGCGAAUCCCCUGUCGCAUUCGAAAAACGAUUUUGUGCGGGUCGCUGUCGUUGAGGUCGACAAGAGCAAUAAGAGACUCAGGUUGUCUAUGCGGCCUUCAAGAGUGCUCAACUCAUCCCUGCCCGUCAAGGAUAGAGAGAUUACCAAGAAUAGCAAGCUCGAGGUCGGCGACGUUAUCCGGGGCUUCGUCAAGAAUGUCUCGGACAAAGGUCUCUUUGUGGCACUUGGAGGCGACGUCGUGGCGCUAGUCAAGAUCACGAACCUUUCCGACGCGUACCUGAAGGACUGGAAAGAGCACUUCCAAGUCGAUCAGCUCGUCAAGGGCCGCAUCAUCUCCGUCGCCGACGGCCGCCUGGAGAUGAGUCUCAAGCCGUCAGUGGUGGAGAAGGACUAUGUUCCCCUGAAGACCAUUGCAGACCUGCAGGAGGGGCAAAUCAUAACCGGAAAAGUGCGCAAGGUGGAAGAGUUCGGCGCCUUUAUUGAUAUCGACGGCUCGAUGAAUCUCUCCGGUCUGUGCCACCGCAGCGAGAUGGCGGACCGAGCUGUCAAAGACGCCAGGACACUCUACAGCGAGGGCGACCGAGUCAAAGCCCGCGUUUUGAAUGUGGAUCUCGAGAAGAAGCGGAUCAAUCUCGGAUUGAAGCCUUCAUACUUUAAGGAGGGGGAUGCGGAUGAUAUGGAAGUCGACAGCGAUGACGAUGAUGCCGGUGCGGUUGUGGAUGGUGAGGCGAGUGAAGACGAGGUGAUGGGCGAUGGCGGUGGUGCCCUUCUCAUUGGUGGUUCCGAUGAUGAAGACGACGAGGAUGAGGACGAGGGCGAGGAGAGUGACGUAGAAAUGGCUGAAGCGCCAGAGGAGGGGCUUACGGGUCUCGACGCCGGCGGCUUCGACUGGACAGUCAACGCUCUGGAUGCGGAUGACAAUGCGAAUGCCGGCGCUGCUGACAGGCUAACCAAGAAGGCCAAGAAAAGGCGAGAGCCGCAGAUGAUUGUCGACAAAACUGCCGAACUCGACGUCAACGGACCACAAACCUCGAGCGAUUACGAGCGUCUCCUCCUUGGGCAGCCGGAUUCGUCCGAACUGUGGAUUGCUUAUAUGGCAUCUCAAAUGCAGGUAAAUGACCUGGGUAGCGCCAGACAGGUUGCGGAGCGUGCCAUCAAUACGAUCAACAUCAAAGAAGACACCGAGAAGCUGAACGUCUGGAUUGCCUACCUCAAUUUGGAAGUCGCUUAUGGCACAGAGGAGACUGUGGAGGAGGUCUUCAAGCGGGCGUGCAUCUACAACGACGACCAGGAGGUUCACGAGCGGCUGGCCAGCAUCUACAUCCAAUCUGGCAAGCACAAGGAAGCCGACGACCUCUUCGAAAAGAUCCUCAAGAAAUACGGCUCCAAGUCCGCCCACGUGUGGAUCAACUACGCCCACUUCCUCCACGCAGUCGCCAACCAGCCAGAACGCGCCCGCGCCCUGCUCAAACGCGCCACCCAAGUGCUCUGCAACCCGGGCAACACCAGCACGGUCAGCGCCUCACAGAUGCACCUGACGCUGCUCCCCAAGUUCGCCGCGCUCGAAUUUCGCUCGCCCAACGGCGACCGCGAGCAGGGGCGCACCCUCUUCGAGAGCCUGCUCGCGGCGUACCCCAAGAAGUUUGACCUGUGGAACCAGCUGAUGGACCUCGAGACGUCGCCGGCGGUCGGCGGCGCGGCCGAAGACCCGGCCGUCAUCAGGGACUUGUUUGAGCGCGGGAGCAAGGUCAAGGGGCUGAAGCCCAAGCAGGCCAAGGCGUGGUUUAGGAGGUGGGCGAAGUGGGAGGAGGAGAAGGGCGACGCGAAGAGUAGGGAGCGGGUGUCGGCUAAGGCGCAGGAGUGGGCGAGGUUGGCGGCGGAGAAGAAGGGGGGUGGGAAGCAGGAGGGAGGGGAGGAGGAUGAGGAGUGAGGUUCCUUUGAUCAU